ACGCGUUGCUGGCGGACCUGGAAUCUACUACGUCCCACAUCUCAAAGCGACCCGUGUUCUUGUCUGACGAGACCCCGUACUCCAUCCCCACCGCAGGACACUCCUACCAGGAUGUGUCGGUUCCACCUCCGGUUCCUCCUCCGCCCUCAGCCGAGGCUCUGAACGGGUCUCUGAUCGAUCAGCCGGACUCCCACCACUCCUCUCAGCAGUCGUUAGGUUCAGCCCAGAAGAGCUCAUGGUCCAGGGACAGCAGCAGCUCUCCACUGUCUCACAUUGAAGAGGACCACGUCUACAGUUUCCCAAACAAACAGAAGUCUUCAGACUCGUCAACAGCAGCCAUGACCUCCGCCCUGGGCAGCAACCUGUCAGAGCUGGACAGGCUGCUGCUGGAGCUAAACGCCGUGCAGCAAAGCUCCCCUUCAUUCCCCACCACAGAGGAGGCGGCGCCACCCUUACCAUCCUGCAGCAUCACCCACUACGAGAACGGCGGCGGCCCUGACAUCACGGUGAGCCCACCCCCUCAGGAGAAACCCAAAAGGAACGGGACAAGGCUGGACGAGGCCCGACCCUCCGUGGAGAGUCUGCUGGACGAGCUGGAGGGUUCAGUGCCCUCGCCCAGCCCCCCGGCUCGCCACAGCGAUUUGGACACGCCCUCUCAGCAGCAAGCCAGAAUUUCAGCGUCCUGCGCCACAAGAGAGCUGGACGAGCUGAUGGCCUCUCUGUCAGACUUCAAGAUUAUGGCCCAAGGCAAGGGCGGCGUUCCUGGUGGGCCUCCGACACAGGUCAACAAACUGGACAACAUGCUCGGUAGUCUGCAGUCUGACCUCAACAAACUGGGCGUGCAGACGGUAGCUAAAGGAGUGUGCGGUGCCUGCUGUAAGCCCAUAGUGGGACAGGUGGUGACAGCCAUGGGCCGCACGUGGCACCCUGAGCACUUUGUGUGCACACACUGUCAGGAGGAGAUCGGCUCCAGGAACUUCUUUGAGCGUGAAGGACAGCCGUACUGUGAGAAAGAUUACCACAACCUGUUCUCCCCACGCUGCUACUACUGCAACGGGCCCAUACUGGACAAAGUUGUGACGGCGCUGGAUCGGACCUGGCACCCUGAACACUUCUUCUGCGCUCAGUGUGGAUCCUUCUUUGGCCCAGAGGGUUUUCAUGAAAAGGAUGGAAAAGCCUACUGCAGGAAGGAUUACUUUGACAUGUUUGCACCGAAAUGUGGCGGCUGUGCCAGAGCCAUUUUGGAGAACUACAUCUCAGCGCUGAGCAGCCUUUGGCACCCGGAGUGUUUUGUUUGCAGGGAGUGCUUCACCCCGUUUGUGAAUGGAAGUUUCUUCGAGCACGACGGCCAGCCCUACUGUGAAGUGCACUACCACGAGCGCCGCGGCUCCCUCUGCUCCGGCUGUCAGAAGCCCAUCACGGGACGCUGUAUCACCGCCAUGGCCAAGAAGUUCCACCCGGAGCACUUUGUGUGCGCCUUCUGCCUGAAACAGCUCAACAAAGGCACCUUCAAAGAACAGAACGACAAACCCUACUGCCACGGCUGCUUCAUCAAGCUGUUCAGUUAGGGAGUGACGGCGAGCGGCGACAGUGCUACGUAUGGGUCGGGGUCAGGGGUCGGCGUCGGGGGGUUUAUAGAAAGCGUGUUAAGCACAGGUUGGGUGGGAAUGGGAUCGUAUCAAAGAAGGUUGUCUGUAUUCUGAUGGUGACAUUGGAAGUGUGUAUGGAUAUUAGGUAUGUGCAUGUGGUUGAAGCAACAUAUUGUCUCUGCCAGACUCAAAUCAUUUUAACUUCAGAAAUUCUCAGACGGGCUGUCGGUGCGUUUUUUGAAGCGUGACGCAGAUUUGAAUCAACGUUCAAAGGACGAUGGAAAUCUUGAGCUCGAGAAAAAUAAUGAAAACAGGAGGUGACGUUACUUUUUAUUAUUUUAAAUCAAACACUGAUUCGGGUGUUACGUGUGGGAUAAAGAGCUGUCCUUUUCUGUAAUUGACCCUCCCUAAGUCC